AUGACUCAGGAGCGGAAAAAGCGGUCGAGAGCGGAAAAAACCGUUCGCGAGGGGAAUAAGCACUCGCGAGCGAAAAAAGAGCUUGCGAGCGGAAAUGAGCGGAAAACCGCUCGUGGGCAGAAAAAAAGCGCUGGAGCGCCGAGCACUUUAAGCACGCCGAUUAAUAGAUUACCAAUUAUGGCGAAAGCGGUAUUGGACCUUUACGAAUUGUACAAUUUAGUGAUAGCGAGAGGAGGACUAGUCGAUGUAAUUAACAAAAAACUAUGGCAGGAAAUCAUUAAGGGACUUCGCUUACCUUCUUCGAUUACUUCCGCCGCAUUUACGUUAAGGACGCAGUAUAUGAAGUACCUGUACCCAUAUGAAUGUGAAAAACGUCGCCUUUCAACCCCAGCCGAACUUCAAGCAGCAAUUGAUGGCAAUCGUCGCGAAGGUCGGCGUAGUAGUUACGGUCAAUACGACAGUAUACAAAGAUCUCCCAUUCCUUCAUCCCAAAUGUCUCCUUUGUCUCUGGUCUCGCAACAUCAGCAGUUAACAGCUCGCAUGAAUUCGGUCAUGAGUGGCGGUAUCAGUUUGCACAAUGGUGCGCAUCACCCAAGUCACCCGCAACCUUUAGGCCUUCCACUAAACGGCGGACCAAUUCCCGGCUUGGCACCCAGUGAAGUCGAGGCCCGCAUGAUGGAGUACGUCAAAUUGCUCAGCAAGGAAGUUAGAAGCGCAGCGUCAACACCUCCCCGACAAGGCGAAGCGUCACCACCAAGUGCGACAUCACCGCUGAACCCCUUCGAAAUGUCACGCAUGGCCUUAUGGAACUUAUACAACAAUAACCAAGUACAACCCGAACCACAGAAAGAAGCCCUGAACUUGUCAGAUCCCGCCCCACACCUUCCGUUACCACCCCCGCAGUCCCCAAUAGUCAAAAGAGAAAUCGAAAGAGAGUCACCACCACCAAAAAAAUUUCUAAAGGACGACGACGAAUCAAGACACACACCCGCAACGACGCAUAUAAAAAUAAAUAGUAGAGGGGAUUCGCGCAGUGGAGACAAUUCCUUAGUCGUUAGUAUGGAACUCAACGGUAUUACGUACCAAGGGGUUUUAUUUGCACAAUCGCCAACUAGUGGAAGGACCGCUUUAGCUUCGUAAAUUAUUUUUUAAGAAACACGUUUCGCGCGAACUUUAUUUAUUAUUAAUGAUGUUUCAAUACUAGAUAUGCAUGUUCUUAACGAAUUUUAUUAUUAGAUGUUAUUGUGCUUGUACAAACCGUUGUGUGCGUCAACUUCCAUGGAUUAAGGUCAGUAUUCACCUAUAAUGUGAAAAUCACUUUCAAUCUCGAAUUCGUUAAGCUUGUUAACUGUGAUUCGAUUUCAGUUAUAAGUUAUAUACAAUAGGCCAGUUCUUCUGGAAAUUCAGAAUACUUUCCAAUUACUAACUCUUGCGUAAUUGUAAAUAUAUAAAUACAGAGUAAUCAGUAUUUUAGAAUAGUGUGUGAUUAGGAUUUUUAAAUUUUUGUAUAUCUGCCAAAAGACUGUUAUUUUAUCAUUAUUAUAUUAUUGUAUACCAUAUAUGAAUAUGAUUGUGAAUUAGUAUUUUAAUUGACUUUUUAUUUAUUAAGCAGUUAAUGUAUUUAUAACUAGUUAUUACCUUCUAGCAAUAUUAGUGAAUAGAAGUUGUAGAGAUCAAAAUGUGUAAUACUACGAAAAUAUUGUUCCAUCGGUAGAUUAGAAUUAGAAAUAUGAUCAACACAAAACAUUUCUCAUUAUUUGAUCUGUGUGUCUCAGGGAUAGAGAUAAAAACAUUUUGUGGAAAUUAUUCCUAUAAUAA